AGAGGGCACCACGUGAAUAAUAGCACGGUCUAAACGUGAAGGUGAAGGUGAUGGCGUCAGUGAAUGCAAUGAUCAUCUAUUUACAGACGAUUCUAGAUGACGAAUAUCGUCUUAUCGUGUAGUAAUAUACUACUAAAAAAUGGCUGAACCACAAGAGCAAAAGAGUAAAGAAAACACAAGUGCUGGAUUAAAAGAUGUAAUGGUGAAGCACGAGAAACGCGAGGGUACGCUAACAAAUGGCGGGAAGGGAUCCGGCGAUGACGCAGACAGUCUUGAAGAAUUACCGUUGGAUAUUGGCGAACAUUAUCUUGUUCGAAGAUCCGACGAUUCGUGGCAUCCGGCCGAAAUUAUACAAACACGUUAUAAUGAAAAUGAAAGUCAUUAUGAAUAUUAUGUUCACUACGAAGGACAUAAUAGAAGACUGGAUGAAUGGGUACCUCGUGAUAGAAUUAUGUCCAGUAGAUUUGAUAUGAGCGAUCGAAGUUGGAAAAGUGGAGAUAGAAAUUCUAGCAAUGAUUUAUUAGCAGAUUCUUCUGAUCGUAAAAUUACAAGAAAUCAAAAAAGAAGACACGAUGAAAUUAAUCACAUACAAAAGACUUAUGCAGAAAUGGACCCAACGACUGCUGCUUUGGAAAAAGAACACGAAGCUAUAACAAAGGUUAAAUAUAUUGAUAAAAUUCAAAUUGGAAAAUAUGAAAUUGAUACUUGGUACUUCAGUCCAUAUCCAGAAGAAUAUGGUAAACAACCAAAACUUUGGAUUUGCGAAUAUUGCUUGAAAUAUAUGCGUCUUGAAAAAACAUAUAGAUAUCACAUGAGUGAAUGUACUCAUAGACAGCCUGUUGGGAAAGAAAUAUAUCGUAAAGGAACACUGAGCAUUUGGGAGGUGGAUGGUAGAGAACAUAAAAUUUAUUGCCAGAAUCUUUGCUUAUUAGCAAAAUUAUUCUUGGAUCAUAAAACACUUUAUUUUGAUGUUGAACCGUUUCUUUUCUAUAUUCUGUGUGAAGUGGAUAAACACGGAGCACAUUUAGUUGGAUACUUUUCUAAAGAAAAAGAAUCUCCUGAUGGCAAUAAUGUAGCUUGUAUAUUAACAUUACCUCCAUUUCAAAGACAAGGAUAUGGAAAAUUGCUUAUUGCUUUUAGUUAUGAACUUAGUCGAAUCGAACAAACCGUUGGAAGUCCAGAAAAGCCCUUAAGUGAUUUAGGAAAAUUAUCUUAUCGUAGUUAUUGGAGUUGGAUACUUUUAGAAAUUCUUAGAGAUUUCCGUGGAACACUUAGCAUUAAAGAUUUAAGCCAAAUGACUAGUAUUUCACAAACAGACAUCAUAUCAACGUUACAAAGUAUGAAUAUGGUAAAAUAUUGGAAAGGUCAACAUGUAAUUUGUGUAACUCCUAAAUUGGUUGAAGAACACAUAAAAAGUAGUCAAUACAAAAGGCCCAGACUUACUGUAGAUAGUAGUGCAUUAAGAUGGGGUGCACCACCUCGGAAAAAUGUGAAACCUGGUAAAAAUUACAGUUUUGCGAUAGAUGAUCUGUGAGCAUUUAUAGCUAAUUGUACAGCAUAUUGAGCAGUACCAGGAGCUGUGCAAACACCAUAACCGCCAUGCCCAUAAUUAUGUAUUAUCUAUAAAAAUUGUUUUACAAUUCAUAUCUUUAGUGAACAAAUAUGAUAAAGAUACUAACCGUAGUUUUAGUAUAUCCAUUAGCAGUGAAUUCUGCUUCUACUCUAACACCACCAUCUCUGUGUGGCCUUAAACCUACUUCUUCUCGUAUAUUUUCAACCGUUCGUAAAGAUGGCACAAGUGUCUCACAUCGUGUACGAAUUUGAGCAGAUUCAUAUGGACAUAACUUCAUAUUUUCAGAAUCAAAAUUUCUAGUUCCACCUAAAGUAACUACUCCAUUAAAUCCAGGAAUUAUAUAUGUAUCUAGCUCACCAUAGAAAAAAGUUUUUAACCAAGGAGCAGCAACCUAUCCAUAGAAAAUGUAUGCAAAAUUAAUCUUUAUUAAUAAGUGAAAUAAUAAUUUAUGUUUAUACAUAAAAUAUACUUUAAUGACUUGUCCACGUAUUGGAACCAUAUGUCUGUCACUGCAUAAAUUUUUAGCUCCGAGUCCAGUACAAUUCAUUAUUAUAUUAUAUUCUGUAGUUAAUUCUUUAAAUGAAUCUAUUUUCUGUUUCUUUACAACAGCUCCAUUGUGUUUUAAUCUAUAAAACAAUAUUUUCAAUUUUUCAUUCAUUAUAUAAUUUGCAACAUAAAAAUAGCUUACUGUUGUAAUAUCCAAGGAAGAUAUAAUUUACAUUCCGUAAGUAGUGUUGUAAAGAAACAACCAUAUUUCCAGUUACCUCUCACUAAUUGGAAUUCUUCUUCUGUUACAUUUCUGUAUAUUGGUACCAAUUUUUCCAUCCAAGGGUUCUUUUUACCAAUGAUUUUAAUAAAAAACGAUUAUAAUCUUUUAUAAAAAAAGGUAUAAUUUACACAAUAGUA